AUGAUUAAGAUUUCAUCCCUCCUCAACGCUCCGCCAUCUCCGGGUAUCUUGCCUCCAUUCUCAUCACUGAGUCCGCCUCUCACCCCAGCACCGACCAGCCAGGCAUCCUCCGUCACUUCCAGUCCUCCGCCCCAAGUUGCUCGUUCUGGUGGAGUCUUGCCAGGUCUUCGUCAAAAAAUGGCCAAGGACGCUCCUGUGUUCAACCGCAACCCAGCCCGAGGCGAAGUCCACUAUCCUCCAUUCGAGGUCAGUGACAAGUGUGCCAUGCUCACGAAGAGAGAGCGCCAAGAGCUGUCCGAGAACCACCGUCGCUUCAACAUCUACCCCAAUGGUAACGAGGAUGGUCUGAUCCGCGACUUUGUUCGUCACAUACCUUACAAUAGCGAGAAAAAGGCGUUCUCCGACAAGACCGGUCGCGAGGCUUUCGAGCUGUUUCAGUACACCUUCACCCUACCCAACGAGCCCAACAAGAAGUACACCGUCAUGUGGGACUAUCAAAUUGGUCUUGUGCGAAUCACGCCUUUCUUCAAAGCAUGCAACUACCCCAAGACACAGCCCAACAAGGUUCUCAGCCUCAAUCACGGCCUGCGUGAACUAUCCUUCAGCAUCACUGGUGGUGCAAUCGCAGCUCAGGGCUACUGGAUGCCCUACGGAUGUGCUCGUGCUGUCUGUGCUACCUUCUGCUGGAACCUUCGCUGGGCGCUUACCCCUAUCUUCGGUCCCAGCUUCAUCAGAGAUUGCCUGCCUCCGAACCACCCUGGGUUUGCAAGAUUCACCAUCGAUCCAGAUGUCGUUCGUGCGUGCGCUCGUGAAGCAGAGGGCUGGCGCGCUGAUGCCAGUGCUACUCACUACAGCCUUGUGCCGAGCCACCCUACCUCUGCUCCGGCGCUCUCCGUCCCUCGCUCAGUCCCUGUGCCCCUGGCAGAGCCUAAGCGUCUUCGUGCUCGACCUGUGCGCCCUCGUGUCGAUACCACCGCUCACCUCGAAAGCCCUUUCCACAGUGAUGAUGAAAGCGCCGCCAUCGUCACCGGGUCGUUCGCCACACGCCGUACCAUUCCUGACUCGCCUUCGGUGUCACCCAAGACUCUUGUCUCUCCCAAAGUCCACUGGACUAGCAUCAACGACUCUCAAGACAACAAGGAAGGUACACCCACCCCUUGUGUCAGCCACGAGGAGACCUCCAAGUUGCCAUCAGAUAUGCAAAACCUCCUUGUCACGCCCGUCUCCACCACUGGAUUCACUCUUCUAUCUCAAGCAUCUGUUGCUCGUAAGCGUCGUCGCUCAACCAGAUCCGAGGCCAUGUCUUCAUCGCCUAAUACUUCACCCACCGCAUCCCCUGCCACCAAUUCUGGUUCCGAUGGCGAAGACCCCGAGUACGUAGCCUCGGCCAGCGAGGAAGAGGAAGACGAGAGCGAGGGCGAAGGGUCGAGCAGCCAGACCAGAACAAGCAAGAAGAGAAAGAUCAACGUGCCUGGAAUCGGCAGCUUCCAAGCCCGAGAGGUCAAUGCCGCCAAGAUGCUUCUUGCCUUACACCAGGAUGACGCUUCUAUCGGUACUGACGGUGUCGCUGCUUCCUCCUGA